CUCCCCCUUCUCCCCCUUCUCCUCCCCUUUCUUCCCCCUCCUCCUGCUCCCUCCUCCUUCCCCUUUAUCUCCUGGCACCCCCUCCCUCCCGCCUCCCCCGUCAGUCAGUCAGUCCCCAAAGCGCCUGCCUUCAGCCCCUCUCGGCUCCAGACUUGUGCCUGUUCCCCUGCCCGCCCUGCCCUGCCUGCGCUCCGGGUGCCGGGGGCGUGCCAGUGGAUGGGGGUCUCAAGGUUCUGAGAAGAGGAGGCUCGGGGGACACUGCCGCCGCUGCCGCCGCCGCCCACGGGGGAUGGCCCGGGCCCUGCCUGUCCAUGUGGAGUGACCGCAGGCGGGAUGACGGCCUGAAGGCGGCCGAAGCCCUCUCCCCGCGCUGGCCCAGCAUGGCGUUCUCCCAGUCUCACAUCAUGGCGGCUCGGAGGCACCAGCACAGCCGCCUCAUCAUCGAGGUGGACGAGUACAGCUCGAACCCCACGCAGGCCUUCACCUUCUACAACAUUAACCAGGGCCGCUUCCAGCCCCCGCACGUGCAGAUGGUGGAUCCGGUACCCCACGACGCCCCCAAGCCUCCGGGAUACACCCGCUUUGUUUGUGUGUCGGACACCCACUCCAGGACGGACCCCAUCCAGAUGCCCUACGGAGACGUUCUCAUCCACGCCGGGGACUUCACGGAGCUGGGGCUCCCCAGUGAAGUCAAGAAGUUCAACGAGUGGCUCGGAAGCCUGCCUUACGAGUACAAGAUCGUCAUCGCUGGGAACCACGAGUUGACCUUCGACCAGGAGUUCAUGGCCGACCUGAUCAAGCAGGACUUUUACUAUUUCCCUUCGGUGUCCAAGCUGAAGCCCGAGAAUUAUGAGAACGUGCAGUCCCUGUUGACCAACUGCAUCUACCUCCAGGACUCGGAGGUGACCGUGCGGGGAUUCCGGAUAUACGGCUCCCCAUGGCAACCCUGGUUCUACGGCUGGGGCUUCAACCUCCCCCGAGGCCAAGCACUGCUAGAGAAAUGGAAUCUGAUCCCAGAAGGAAUAGAUAUUCUAAUAACACACGGACCACCCCUGGGUUUUCUAGACUGGGUCCCCAAGAAGAUGCAGCGGGUGGGCUGUGUGGAGCUGCUGAACACGGUGCAGAGGCGAAUCCAGCCCCGACUCCACGUCUUUGGACACAUCCACGAAGGCUACGGAGUCAUGGCGGACGGGACCACCACGUACGUGAACGCGUCUGUGUGCACUGUGAACUACCAGCCCGUGAACCCCCCCAUAGUCAUUGAUUUACCGACGCCCCGAAACUCCUGAUCCCUCCCGGCCGGGCCGCCUCCCCCUGGCCCGGGCCGCCUCCACCCCGUGUAUGUCCUAUUUAAUGUGUUAAAGGCCAUCCCCCGCCUCAUGACGCCACCCGCUGUUGCCGUGUCUCAUUCUUGAACGACGCUCGGACCCCGCCGGCCCCCUUCUGGGUUCUGCUCGGGGCCAGGCAGGGGAGAUUUGGUUAGGACAGACCUUCGGGCAUGGCCGGCCACAGGGCCAGACGGGGCAGCCAGGACAGGCAGGAGACCGAAGGCUUCCUCGAAGCCCAUCGGUGUAGUGGGUGGAGCGCAGGAAUUGUAGUCAGACCGUCUGGGGUUCAAAUCCUGCUUCAGACACUCACGGUGUGACCCUGGGCGAGUCACUGUGGGAGGACUCGGGAGCCUCCAGCCCCUCCCCGCUUCCUCCCAUUCCCCUUCCUGGCCCAGGGCAGGCCCGGGUUCUGGCCUCGGAGAAGCUUUCUGGCCCAGGCCGGCGAUGAGGGCUUUUCCCGCAAAGCUGUAACCUGUGUCUGUUGUGAAAAUAGCAAAGCGCUCCGGGGCCAUCUUGGAAGCGCUCAAACCCUCGAGGGGCCUUUCCCGGCCACGGCCACUCCGUGCUUGGCCCCGCCCCAGGCCCCGCCCCGGAGGACCCCACUCCCUCCGCCCCGCCCCGCCCCGCCCGAGUGUCGGGUGGAAACAGUUUGAUUUGGAGAAAUUUGCCAUGUGGGUGUCCAUACUGUGUGUCUGCUUGCGGAAACAGACAGCUUGGGAGCCCAGGCUGGAAGUGCUCGCGGGCGAUCGGAGAGGCUUCAAACCCAGCACACAAACACACGCCCCACCGCGUGCCUUCCCAGAAGCCUCCGCGAAAUGGUCUCCGGCCUCCUGACGCUGCCGCUCCCCGUCCUCUCUGCCGAGCAGAUGGACAAGAGCAUCCUUUAGCUCAGAACCUCGCCGAAUCCCAGCUGUCCGGAGAGCAGCGCCACGAGGGCCCGUGUUCCCAUCAACAACUCGCCCCGUCGGGCCUCGGUUUCCCGGUCUGUCUGCUAAACGAGGGGGCUAGACAAGAGGCCGAGAGCCUUUCCCACUUCGUAUUCAAUGUUCUAGCAACCUUCUCUCCCCACCUGCCACCUCCUCGGUCUUCUCCUGCUGCCCGACGUCCUGUGUUCUCGUCGCACAGCCGCCCCUCUUCUAUCUUCCACCUUCUGUGGUCCGAGAUCCCUCUGAGCCCUGCAAGGGUCCCAGGGCCCCUCCCAGGUCUCGCAGUCCCUGUUCCAAGGCCCCUCCUAGCUCGGACGUUCCUCUGCUCUGCUCUAAGGUCCCUCCCAGCGAGGCUCUCCGGGUUCACAGACCGCCCCCUCCCCAGGGCUCACGUUCUAUGACGCGUCCCUUGUCUGGUGUGAGCUUUGAGUUGAUGCUGUGCCCGAAUUCAGACCUGGAAUCUCCCAGGAACCCUCUCCACUGGUCCGAGAAGCCCGGCUCCCCCAAGACGACAAGGGUUUCCUUUCUUGGGCUGGGCUGGACUCAUUCUGCUGGACUGGACCCAGUGGGUUUCAGGGCUCCUUCGAGGCUUCCUUAACCAGGAAGGGGUCCCUGAGGGGGGCCUCAUCUUGGCUCAGGACAAGGUCAUGGGCAGCAGGUGCCCCCAUUCCUGGAAGUCGGCUGGAAGGCAAAGAAGCCAGAAAUGUUUACGUUGACCUUCUCAGUGCUUCAGAUACUAAAAAUACUAGGAGAGGGGGGUGGCGGCAAGAGGCCAUUUCGUUGGCCUCUCCUACAUUUGUAUGUCAGUCAUCAAAUACUCUCUUUACAAAACCAUUUUUCCUAAGGUAUGUUCAAAAUAUUGUGUAUUUUUAUGUGGAAGACGUUAUGAACACAGCUGCUCCUUUAAAAGAAAAUUCAUUAAAAGGACUUGAGGUAUGAACGAUUAGAGAGCGCUCUUUAAUCAUUCUGGCAGAACUGGAUUGUUCCUGUAAUUUUUUUGUCAAGCAUGUUAGACAAAUAAAAUCUUUCAAAGAGCAAA